AUCCGCCAUGUCCUCUGUUAGUGUGUACAUCUGGGGCAGUGUCACUGACGUCCUCCAUUCAGCCUGCAGUGUGUUAGCUCUCAGAGGAGACACAGAGCAUUCAGGUGAGCACACGGCCCCAGGAGACGCCAGACACGGGUGUUCCUCCUGCCUCACCGACGAUGGGGCGAUGGAGGAAGAAGAAUUCGAAAUCCUUCUCCUGGAGGAACCUGAAGAAGGUGCAUCCCAGGAUCCUUCUCCAGGCGGGUCAGGAGGGCAGCGCGGGGAUGAAGGGACCCCGCAGACGCUGAGGCUCAUCCUGGUGGGAAAAUCCGGGAGCGGGAAAAGCGCCACGGGAAACAGCAUCCUCGGGAGGAGAAUGUUCGAGUCCAAGCUCAGCGCUCGCCCGGUGACCCAGGCCUUCCAGCAGGGGCGCCGCGCGUGGGCGGGGAGGGAGCUGCAGGUCGUUGACACCCCGGACAUCCUGUCCCGCUGGGAGGCGCCGCGGGGGUCCGCUCAGGGCGUUGGUGAGGCCGGCCCCCGCUCCCCGCCGGGGCCGCACGCGGUGCUCCUGGUGACACAACUCGGCCGGUUCACCGAGGAGGACCAGCAGGUGGCCAGACGCCUCGAGGAGGUGUUCGGGGCGGGCAUCCUGGCCCGCACCGUCCUGGUGUUCACGCGGAACGAAGACCUGGACGGCGGCUCGCUGGGGACAUUCCUGCGGGAGACCGACAACCGAGCGCUGGCCGAGCCGGACGCGGUCUGCGCGCGGCGACACUGCGGCUUCAACAACAAGGGGGACGGAACCGAGCUGGAGGCCCAGCUGAGGGAGCUCAUGCGGCACGUCGAGGGGGUCCUGUGGGAGCACGAGAGCCGCGCCUACAGCCUCCCGGCUGCCCCUCACCCCCGCGCCGCGCCCCGGGAGAGCUGGGGCCUCUGGCGGCCCGGCGCCGGAGGGCGUGGGGACCAGGCCUGGCUGCGGGGCCUGCGCCGCAUCCUGAAGGAGCCCGAGCAAGCUGGAGGCCAGCUCCCGCCGAGCGCGCCCAUCUGAGGCACAGGCCUCCGCGGCUUCCUGCCUCCGGCUCCCAGGCCCCUCACUUGCGGGUCCAUCCCAGGGGUCCCUGCCCCCUCCUGGCUCCAGGCCAGCGUCUGGUCAGGCGGGAGGAGGUGGGUGGGCUCCUGAGUUCUCAGCUCCUUCAUCACACCUUCCAGAACACAGGGGCCCUCCUGCUCUGCGCCCCCCGCCCAUCCUCACGUGUCUCUGGCGUUCCCUGUCUGCAACAGAACUCUGAGAGAAGCCAAGCCUCCUGAGGCGGGCCUGUGCUCCUUUCUGCCUUGGAACCCUGGCAGCAUGCCGGCCACUGGAGGCUCGGCUUAUAGCUCGAUGCAGAUCAGCGUGGAAUGUGGACCGGGCAACUCUGCGUCUCUUGGGCUGUGUCCUUGCCCGUUAAGAGGGCAGGCACGAUGGCUUUUAGGGCCCAGCGCCAUGUGGGGCAGGACAGGUUCUGGGCUGGGGAGGAGAAGGCAACUAGAAACGGGGGAGGGCCGCAAGGAGCUGCUCUUGAUUCGCUCUUGAGAGAGGCCACCACCCGCAGCAAGGGAGCCCCAUGGGAUGGAGCAAGGCAGGGCAGGGGUGUCCAGGGGCCAGGUCUGCUCAGGAAACGGGCCUAGACCUGGCUGCAGGACACGGACCGCCCGGAGGUCCGAGUGGACUUGGGCAGCGGAGGAGCUCUUCCCAGGGAGGCUUGGACAAGGGAGGUCACACACCCGGCACCCCUCUGAUGCCCACUCUCCCGCAUGGAGAGCAGAGGGGAGACUUCCAGCCCUGCCUCUGCCUGACCUGCAACCAGUCCCUUCUCCCCUGAGAGGGGGAGAAAGCAAGCGGAGUCUGGGCCUGAACGCGGGUUCCCCAACCAGGUGUUUGGGGGUGUAGAAUGGAGGGAGGAAGGAAGAAAGGGAAGCUGCAAAGAAAGAAGCAGGAGACCACGUGAACGUCCUCGGGAGCAGCCUGCGGGCCUGGGAGAGUCCUGCAACUGGGGUGUCAUCUCAUCCUCACCCAGAGGACCCUGAGAAAGCUGGAGCAGGUCUUUAGCUAAAAGUGUCUGGAGUCAGAACAGAGACACAUCAGAGUAUGCUCAAGAUAGCCUUGUGCCAAACUAUUUACUAAGUAGGUGAUCCAUCUCCUGCUGAACUGAAACAUAGCAGUUAUCGUAUGUUAAAUUUUCAUAUUCUGUAUGAUUUCUGUGAGAAUUUUUGCCUAUUCUUGUCUUCCAUCUUCUCAACUCCUAUAUGAAUAAAGUAUUGACUUGAUUUCUGUGGCUUUGAUUGUAAUGUGAACUCUCCCCCCCACUCCCGAUUUCCUCCCCAGUCACCAGCUUUGUAUUUCUUUUGUUAUUUUCAGGCAUUUAUUCUUCUGUGUGAAAAUUAAAAUUACUUGUUGAGUUUUCUAAAAA